GUUCGUUCUAUUUUAUCCAUUGAUGACUACUGCACACACCACUACGGACCAGAAGAGACAUUUAUGAAAAAUCUUUAGCGAUUUUUAAUUAUGAAAUGCAAAAUUACAAGUUGGUUUCAGAGCAGCAUGAAAUCAGCAGAAGUAUGCCGAAUCUAUGCACAAGUUGGCUACGAAACACUGGGCAGAAAAUGUAGCUGAUCCGACAAAGAACACAAAGUGUAGAAUAGACUGGGUCAAGUCUCAGUGUCUGGAAUAUUUUUUUAAAGGUGGGACCGAAGUAUAUUGGGAUAGAGAAAUUAAUAUCAAACAUAAGAUAGCUACAAAUCAAAGCGUCGAUGGAAUAUUAACAUAUCAAGAACAUUCUGAUUCUGAAAUAAUUAAUCAUGAACAGGCACCUUCAGAUAAAACUGGACAGCCAAUAUCAGGGAGCAAAUUGAUUUGUUCAGAUCAUGAAUCUACAGAGGAUAAAGAAUCAGAUAUACGAAAGGAAAGUCAUGAUGGUAACUCGUCAGCAACUAGCUGUUGCUCUAAAAAAUUUAAAACAUCGAGAAAUACAAAGUUUGUCCAAAGUAAUGAUGGAGAUAUGUUGGAUCUGAUCAAAUCAUUAGAUAUAGAAACAUCUAAAGUUAAGUUAUUGGAUGUCGGUAGCUGUUACAAUCCUUUUGGGCAUGUUAAAUAUUUUGAGGUGACAGCAAUUGAUUUAGCACCAUCUUGUGAAGAGGUUUUACAAUGCGACUUUUUGAGUCUGCAAGUAGGGUCAAAUGAUGUAUUUUCUGAAAAUAGAAAACAAGUCGUUCAACUGACUACUAAUUCUUUUGAUACAAUCGUAUUUUGCUUGUUGUUAGAGUAUUUGCCAUCUCCAGAGCAGAGAUAUGCCUGCUGUAAAAAGGCAUAUAACUUGUUGAAAAACGGCGGACUAUUGUUGAUUAUUACUCCCGAUUCAAAGCACGUUGGAGCUAACGCAAGGUUCAUGAAAUCUUGGCGUCACGUCAUGUCGAAUCUCGGCUUUAUGCGAAUAAAAUAUGAGAAGUUGCCACACGCUCAUUGUUUGGCUUUCAGAAAAUGUUUUUACAAGGAAGUUGCCACUAGGUGGGCCAGAUUACAAAAAUUUACGAAAGACGACGAACUGUUUCGUUCUGAAACCAAAAUAUUCAUACCCCAGGAUUUCACGGCAGGGAUUAGGGAUGAUAAUAUCGAUGCUCUUUCUGACGAUAAAAUUACCGGUGUUGAUGUCUACAAUGAGUUGCCUUAUACGUGAUGAUCCAAUGAUAUUAUCAAUAAAUAAACUUUCUCAUGUAAGGAAGAACCAAUUA